AUGCCAUUGACUGUCUUAAUCCAUGCACAAGAUUCAAGAGAGCCAGCUUUAGGAAUGCCUUUGCCCAAAGGAUUGUCUCCGCCGGCCAUAAUAGUGUUGAAAUUACAAAGUAAAAUUGCAUUUACUGUAAAUGAUGUAAAAGGUAAUAUUGAAAUUGAUGUAAAAGAUAAUAAAGCAAUAAGAAAUGUUAAUAGCUGGCUUGCCCCUCCCAAGACAGAUGGAGAUGGAGAUAACGAUAUUGGUUCUCUUGUCGACGUGAGGGGUGAUUAUGGUGAGGGUGGUAGAAAUGUAGAAGUGGAUGUGGUGAUAGUUUCUUAA